AUGGCCCAAGUGCAAGUGCAGAGGGAGCCCGUCGUGCCCAACAUCGGCCUCAACGAGAAAGUGCUCUCCGAGACCGCCUUCGUCCUCAACACCGCCAUCUCUGACGAGGUGAUCUUGGCUCUGCGUACGACCAACUACGCCUACAACGUGGUGGACCCGAGGGCCGCCAUGUUCAUCGACCUGUUCAAGACCCAGUUCAAGGAGCAGGAAGUCCUGGCCGACAAGAUCGCCCGCCACAUCCGCGGGCUGGGCUACAAGGUGCCCAACCUGUCGGAGAAGCUCCGCUUCACCAGGAUCGACGUGCCCAAGGAGGGCGAAUGGCCGGACUGCAACACGAUGAUCACCAACCUGCUGAACAACCACGAGACCAUCGUGCAGAACCUCUGCAAGGACAGGGAGAGGGUCAAGGACCUGGGGGUGAAGGCGAUCGAAGACCUCAUCCUCGAGUGGGCCUGGCAGCUCCGCACCCACAUCCAGACCCAGACCGGCGGCACCGGCGGCAAGGCCCAGCACUAA